UUGACAUUUUGCCGUCUCCUCCACCUCUUCCACCGCUUCAAAUGACAAAGUACUCUGAGUCUGAGAGUCCAUCCUCUUCUUCUCCACUUCUCUUCCAUUUCCUCUACCGUUCUUUCUUCUUCUCUUUCAUUUUUCCUUCUCGUAAUUGUAUAUGAUAAGUGAAGGUGAGAGUAUUUUAUUGAAUUUGUAGAGCAGAAGGAAAUGGUGGAGUUUGGCGAUGAAUUGAUAAUCGAGAGCUACAGAAUCCCAUGGCUGAUAUGGAUCCAGCUUUUUGUUAUGAUUCUACUUGUUCUUCUCCUUUUCUUUGGGUUCACUGUUUUUACUUCAGACUCCUCCACUAGCUCCUCCGCCGGUGCCGCUGCUUCGCCACCGACCGCUCCACCUACCCAUCUCAACAACCCCACUUCUUCCGACAGAAUAAUUAAGGUGGAAGACCGGAGUGCUAGGAGCGAAGCAGGCCCAAGCGAAGGGUCAAUCAGAGAAGACGACCCGGGUGGAGAUGAAUCUUCUUUCAAGGACUCAAUAUUUUUGAGAAUUUUCAGGCGUCCACACCACCCUUGCAACUACAUUGGGCUGGCAAAACAAGCACUUUUUAAGUGCUUCGGCUUAGAUUCUAGCUCCGAGAGCUCCAGCAGCAAUCGUCAAUAUGAAAAACAAGAAUAACAUACAUUCACAUCGUCACAUCAUCACUUUUUAAUGUAUAUUGGUUUUAAGCUCCAGUGGUGUUGUCAAGUGUCUAACUUAAUCUACUAACAGUAGCUAGCUCCUAUUCUUUCUCGUUCUUCGCCAGUUGAAGCCCACAUCUAGACUUUUUACUUUAUUACCGGAAAACAUUCUGGUCAAAUUCAUACUACAGUGUUUGCUUUCUGCACCAAA